CGGGCAAUAGCGAAACAGCUGGAGUCCUCGUAGUAGGGGCAGGCAGCGCCGUAUAGUGGCGGACAAAAACACGGGAGUCAUGAGGAGUGGAAUAACACUAAUUUUUGGAGCUAUAUUUGUCAAUCAGGCGCUGGGAGAGUAUGGCAUGGCGCAUUUCAGCGACAAAGGUGCGAAAAAAGGCAAAGACUACUGCAUAUUUUUUAACUCGCAAUGGGCUGGUCUACCUCAGGAUCUCCACAAAGCAUCCCGCCUCCAGAUCCACGACCUGACGUCGUCGGUGCUGUGCCACCCCUCCGAGGUGCCCUCCGAGGGGUUCCCCAACCGCAUUCCCAUAGUGCUCCGGGGCAACUGCACCUUCUACGAGAAGGUGAGGCUGGCUCAGAUCAACGGUGCCAAGGGGCUGCUCAUCGUCAGCAAGGACCGACUGACUCCACCGGCCGGAAACCAGAGUCAGUACGAGGAGAUCGACAUCCCGGUCGCACUGCUCAGCUACGCGGACAUGCUGGACAUCGCCAGGACGUUUGGGAAGGGGCGGGAGGUGGCCCUGUACGCGCCCAGCGAGCCUGUCCUGGACUACAACAUGGUGAUCAUCUUCAUCGUGGCCGUGGGGACGGUGGCCGUCGGCGGGUACUGGGCCAGCAGCCACGACAUCAAGAGGAGGAACAUGAUGAAGCAGAAGAAGAAGGGCGCGGUGAAGAAGCAGGGCGUGGAGACGCUGGACGUGACGUCGGUCAUGAUCUGCGUCUUCAUGGUCAUGUGCUGCUCCAUGCUGGUGCUGCUCUACCGGUUCUACGAUCAGCUGGUGUACCUGAUAAUCGCCAUAUUCUGCCUGGCCUCCUCCGUGGGGCUGUACAGCUGCCUCUGGCCUCUGGUGCGGAGGAUCCCCCUGGGGAAGUGCAGGAUACCCGAGAACAACCUGCCGUACUGUCACAAGCGGCCUGAGGUGCGCAGGCUGGUCCUGGCUGCCUUCUGCGUGGCCGUCAGCGUCACCUGGGGAGUGUUCCGGAACGAGGACCAGUGGGCGUGGGUGCUACAGGAUGCAUUGGGAAUUGCUUUCUGUCUGUAUAUGCUCAAAACUAUCAGGCUGCCUACCUUUAAGGCCUGCACGCUGCUGUUGCUCGUGUUGUUUGUCUACGACGUUUUCUUCGUGUUCAUAACCCCCUUCCUCACAAAGAACGGGAAGAGUAUCAUGGUGGAGGUGGCGACUGGUCCAUCGAAUUCAAACACUCAGGAAAAACUUCCUAUGGUUCUGAAGGUGCCCAGAUUGAACUCCUCCCCCCUGGCGCUGUGUGACCGCCCCUUCUCCCUGCUGGGGUUUGGGGACAUCUUAGUGCCAGGCCUGCUUGUGGCCUACUGCCACCGGUUUGACGUACAGAUGCAGACCUCGCGUAUCUACUUCCUGGCCUGUACCAUUGGCUAUGGAGUCGGGCUGCUCGUGACCUUUGCGGUGCUGGCCCUCAUGCAGGCGGCCCAGCCUGCCCUCCUGUACCUGGUGCCCUGCACUCUCCUCUCCAGCCUGGCGGUGGCGCUGUGGCGCAAGGAGCUCCCCCAGUUCUGGACAGGAAGUGGCUUUGCGAAGGACAUACCUCAGCCUGCCUUGGUCAAGGUGCCCAUCAACUGCACUCGGACUCCCCCGGCCAAUUACGAGCCACGGGGCGACGAAGCCACCAAUCCCAGCAAAGACAGCCCUCUGGUGCUGGCGAAGGGCCUCCCACAGGACAAGACCAGCCGAGCAGAAUGACGGGACUGUGUGUUGUUGGGGUGGAAGUCACUUGCUCGUUUCAUGUUUUUUGGAGGGGAGGAGUGGGAUGGGACUCUCUCUUGAGUUCAGGGGUAGACCUGCAGAUGUGCCACAGAUACAGGGCCACACCGGGCCCCUAAGCCCAGGGCCACUCUGGGUGUCCUAUUGCAUGCUGGGAGUACACUACGGUGAGAGAGGGGAUGGGGCAAGGCAGCGCUUUCCCACGGCAAGGGACAUAUUCCCCCCCCCCCAUUUGCUCCUAGUGCUCUCUCUCUCUCUUUCCAUCUCUCUGUUCUUAAAGUUUUUUUCGUUUUGUUUUUUUUAACCUUUUCUUGUUGUUUUUGUGUUUGGUCUGCUUUGGUCUGAUGGACCCAUUCGAGGCUGUCGCCACAGCCAGUUCUGUACGCUGCAGUCCAGCUGAGGGCAGUCAGAGGCAUUCUGUGAUGAGGUGUGGUUUGAGCACAAAUCUGAAGUCUGACCGCCAUUUUUUAAAUCAUUCCUUUCGUUUAACUGACAUCUAAUGGGUUCAGUCUGCAUGUUAACACUUUAAUUUUAUAUACAGUAAUAGGAUCAUACAGUGUACUAUAUAUGUAUGUGUAUAUGUAGAUGUACAGGCAUACUGUAUGUACAUGGUAUAAACUUAGAGCAGUGUAAGUGACUAGUUAGUCCAUAUUUCUUUAUUAUGAUUUUUAAAUAAUGGGAGUGAACACUUUAUAUGAACACUUCUGGCCUUUGGUAUACGUGAUGUGUGAUUGAAAGUGUAUGUGCCUAUUAGGUCAUGCACACUCGGUACUGUAUCUUAUGACGAAACCACAUUUAUUUUGUCUGUUGUGGUUUGUUGAGUCUCUGACACUUGCUGAUCUCACCUGGGUGAUGUCACCAGGUCACCUGUGAUGGUAGAAGCACACCAUCCUGGUCAAAUACAUAAAAUUUUAGUUGGAAUUAUUUGUUCUUUAUAUUAUUAUUAUUAUUAUUAUUAUUAUUAUUAUUAUUAUUAUUAAAUACCUGUUUACAAAUGCUGGUUCAUGGUUAGAGUGUCUGUGUCCUUAAAUAUGGUAUGUGGGCAUUAAAAAUCUAGAAAGUUACCUCCAUGUAUACAUUAAUCCCAGUAUGUAAUUUUAUAUGUUUACAGGGGCCUCUGGGCCUUGACAAUUUCCAGUAAACCUUUCGUGAACAUAUUUUUUGUAUUGUAGACUUCCAAAGUUAAAGUUGUAUUCACCCCUUGUGGGGAUUCUUCAGGAAUUAUUUUUGUAUCCAGCUUUUUUUUCUAAAUUCCCAACAGCAGGAAAAUCUCAGGAUCAUCAAAUGGCAAACGAUAGAAGCACAUUUACCAAUAAUUAUAAAAAGAAAGCAAAUAUAGUUACAUCAAAAGAAAUUAAUCUUGGACCAGUGCAUUGAGUGUCAAUGUAUGGUGGGAGGUCACUUUUCCCAACUGGGAGCAAGUUUUAACAAUUUUUUUAAUGAAAGUCUUAGUAUUCACCCUUGCAAACCUAUGAGGGCUCUUCAUUUAAUCUGCAGUGUGCUUUGUCCUCAAUCAAAUGUACGCUGGAAUAGUUUUUUUAUAUUACUGAUAUAAAGUAUUUCUCAGUUGCCAAAUUGAACGCAAACGUGUCAAAGGAAAUGGAACUGAAAAAAUAAAUUAAUUCGUUUUUAAAAUGUGAAUGAUGUUUGAAUAGGGGCCUAGAAAUGGGCAGACAGAUAACUGAUUAAUUUGCCUGUGACAUGGUAGCCUAACCUUUGGAACAUUUGUUGAUUUGACUUUGUUGUCACUGACUGAAGCUACCUGGUGGUUUUUAAAUGCCUCCAUUCAGAGAGGAUUAAAGACAAUAAAGAAACGUACAUUUCACCCUGACAA